UUCUUCAUUUUCAUUGAAUCCUGGCCAGCUGAGAAAGCACGUACAGGAAAUUCAACAUUCUCAAAAACGCAGAGCGAGGGGGCGAACGACGGCCCUCUCUCUCUCUUUCUUUUCCGAUUCCACUAAUGAGAACAAUAACAACGACAACGACAACGACAAAGAUUAUUCGUAAAUACUAAUAAUUACAACGAUCAACAAUAAUCAUAUGAUUCUCCUUCGCCCUUCAAUCCCUUUUCUUUGAUGCGACGAUCGCAUGUCCGCACUUGGGUCGAUUCUAAACCCAACAGAAAAAUGGAUCCCAUCAAGCUCCAUAUCCGACCUCCCCCACGAUCCUCUAAUCUCUUCUUCAAAGCCAAAUCCUUCAAAUCAAGCUUCUUGUCUAUUUUUCUCGCUUCUUUUUUCACCCUGAUCGCUGUUUUAUCCUGCUAUUUUUUCUUAAAAAAUGGAGAUUCUUUAGAUUAUCGUACAAGGUAUAGUAUUAUUAUCGAUGGAGGCAGCACGGGGACCCGGAUUCACGUGUUCGCAUGCCGAAAUAAGGGGGGUACACCGGUUUUCGAUUUCGGGGAUGGGGCGAUGAAGGUCAAUCCGGGGUUGUCGGCACAUGCGGAGGAUCCCGGAGGGGCUGGCGAGUCCUUGGAGGAGCUGCUGGAAUUUGGGAAACGGAGAGUGCCCAGAAAACUUUGGGGAGAGACGGAGAUUCGGUUAAUGGCGACGGCUGGGAUGAGAUUGCUCGAUUCUGAGAUUCAAGAUAUGAUCUUGGAGUCAUGUAGAGAGGUUUUGAGAAAUUCCGGGUUCAAGUUCAGAGAUGACUGGGCCUCAGUUAUUACUGGCUCCGACGAGGGGUUAUAUGCUUGGAUUAUUGCCAACUAUGCAUCGGGUACUCUUGGAGGUGAUCCUCGUGAAACAACUGGGAUUUUUGAACUUGGUGGAGCUUCUGCUCAGGUAACUUUUUUUUCAAAUGAACCAGUGCCUGCUGAGUUCUCACGCACUGUUAAGUUUGGGAAUACUACUUACAGUAUCUACAGCCAUAGCUUUCUUCAUUUUGGACAGAAUGCUGCUUUGGAAGCAUUGAGGGAGUCACUUGUCUCUGUGGACAAUCAACCAGCUUCUGAAUCACAUGAGAAAAGAAGAUUUGUAGAUCCCUGUACUCCUAGGGGUUACUCACAUGAUAUGGAAUCUCGGGGGCACUCUCCAGGUUCAAUGGAAAAGAGUAAAUUUUUAUCCAGGCUUCAUUCAAGUGGUAACUUCUCUGAGUGCAGAUCUGCUGCAUCAAUGCUGAUUCAAAAGGGAAAAGAGAAAUGCUCCUAUCAGCAGUGCAACAUAGGAUCGACAUUCACACCUAAGCUUCAGGGGAAGUUCCUGGCAACUGAGAAUUUCUUCUAUACAUCAAAGUUCUUUGGAUUGGGUCCAAGAGCAUAUCUUUCAGACCUGAUUUUGGCUGGGGAACAUUUUUGUGGAGAAGAUUGGUCAACAUUGAAGAAGAAACACCAUUCAUAUGAUAGUGAUGAUCUGAUGCGCUAUUGCUUCUCUUCAGCCUAUGUGGUGGCCCUACUUCAUGAUGGUCUGGGAAUUGCAUUGGAAGAUGAAAGGAUUGGAUAUGCCAAUCAGAUUGGAAACAUCCCUCUUGAUUGGGCAUUGGGAGCUUUCAUCUUGCAGAGCACAGCUGCAUUCGAAGCACAGAACCCAGAUUGGAUUACCGCCAUCAUCAGUGAUGACCCACCGACGCUCAUAUCACUAAUUGCCAUUGCCAUAUUAUUGAUGUUCUCAGCAUGGUUUAUAUCAAAGUGGAAAAAGCCCGAGCUAAAGACAGUCUACGAUCUGGAGAAAGGUCGAUAUAUAGUUACCCAUGUUGGAAGAAGUUGAUGAGCAUAAUUUUUUCUGGGCUAUGUAGAUUAGGAGGAAGCUCCUAUGUAAUUGCAAUUAACAUUUAAAUAUGUUAAUGCUUCCUACGGGGCUGUAUCUUAAGGCUACAAGGUUGUAUUUGUGCCAUGCUGGGUUCAGAGGAUGUAGCAUGCAAGCAGUGAAGAGCUUAGGUUAGAAGAUUAGUUUCGUGUUCCCUGUUGUAUCAAGCGAGAGUUCAAACCUUCAAUUCAUCAUCACACCAGAACCAGGUGCAUAUAUUUUUGUGUAAUUUA